AUGUAUAAAUAAUGUUAUUGUGAAUAAUAAAAUUCAUUAGAUAGUUUUUCUUGUAUAACUUGUAAGAGAUAGAACCAUUGGCCAUGUUAUGAUUAUUAAAUAACAGAUAAAUAACCUUUAGAACAACGUUGUUUAGAUUGCAUAUUCCAGGCCAGCAAUCCAUUUAAACAAAUUGAACAUUAUGUUAGAUUCAAUAAUAAAAAGAGUAAAAUUUUCUAGAUUGGAAAAACAGUUUAAGAACAAUAGUUUUCGUUUACUUUUGAAGUGAACAAAUAUUAUGAGGAUAUAAAAAAAAAUUAGAUAAUCCUUUCAAUAUUUUGUAUCAAGAUGAAAGAACAAAAAUAACUUUUUGUAUGGCCUAGCACUAAUAUAGAAAUACUGGUUAAUGAAAGAUAUUAAAUAAAAUAUCAUGAGACUGAUUUUGCUUAUGUGUCUCCUAACAAUAUUGUCAAUGGUUAAAAUCGUAUUCAACUUAUUUUCAAGGAUAAGAAUGAGUACAAUUCAUUAUUUGGAAUUUUGCUGGUUAAAAAUAUUGAGUGGCAGGAGGUUAAACAAUAAAUAAUGGAUGCUGAUAAGGAUUAGAUAGAAUAAAUUAUAACUUAAUAAAAGGUUUUCUAUUUCGAUAAAAUAAAUAAACCAAAUGAAAAUUCAGAAGAAUCUAUUGAUGUUUAGGUUUAAUCAAAUUUAUCAAUUAACUUAUUAGAUCCUUUUACAUAAUAGCAAUUGCAAUUGCCAGCCAGAGGAAAAAAUUGUUAACAUGUAAAUUGCUUUGAUUUAAAUACCUUUUUAAUUUUCAAUUCUCAACCAAAUAAAUGUAGAUGGACAUGUCCUUAUUGCCAUUUAACUACUGCUUAUGAUUAAAUCUAAAUCGAUUAUUUAUAAGUUCGACUGUUAUAGGAUAUCAAGAUUGAUCACCCAAAUAUCUAUUAUAAAAUUUAAAAAGUGUCCUUGAAUCAAAUAUUUCAAUACUAAAUAAAUCCAAAAUUAUAAAAAAAGUAAAUGUCGAGAAAAUAAUCGAUUUUAAACUCUUAAAAUUUGACAUAGCUCAUUAAAAUAAAUAGCAAAGCUCUUGAAUUUGAAAAUAAUCAAAUUCAAUUUGAAAUUGUGGAACUUUAGAAAAGGAAUAAUUAUACAUCAGCUUAUAUCACCUUUAAGUCAGCUAAGAAAUUAAUUCAAAAAAUAAAAUAAAAAGAAUUGUUAAAAAAUAAUAUAGUCAAAGAUACUUCAGAAUUGGUGAAAUAUUUUUGUAACUUAUUUGACCUCAAAUACUAUGAUAAAUUUAGUGUUUUUGAUAGUUAAGUGGAUUUGUAAUAUUUAGAGUCUCAAUAGGAUUUUGAAUUAAUCUGCAAAGCUAUUUAUGAAAAUACAGUGAGUGGAUUAUUUAUAUACUUUAUUAGAUUUGUAACUCCCUCUAUUAAAAGUUUUGCUUAAGCUAUAAUGCAAUUCAGUUCUCAUCUUAAACUAUCAUUUAAAUUAAAUUAUUAAAAGAAAAUGCUUGAGUUAUUUUUAGCUGCCUCCUAUGAUAAAAAUGAAAAAUAUUCAUAAGGAUACAAUUUCAAAGUGAUUUGUAGUUUAUGUAAAGUGACAAAUGAUGAGUACACUAAUCACAUUAUAUACUUAUCAUAAAAAUUAAGAACAAUAUUUUACAAUCUCAAUGCUAGUAGCUUAUUCAUAGUUCGUAAUUGUAUCAAUCUAAGUCACAUGUUUGAUCAAGAUUUUAUUUAUAAUAAGUUAAGGGAAGAUUAGGAUAUAUACGAAUCAUCAGUAGAAACUAUUAAGGAAAUCUAUAGCGCAUAAAUACUCAAAGAAAAUCCCAACGUUUCAGAAAUACUUGCACUGAUUUUGUAUUUAUUAUAUAGAAAGGAUAAGAUUUAUGAGAACAUUUGGAAUUAAUUUAAUGAUUAUAAUUUAGGCAAUGUGAAGAAGAAAUUUAAGAAUUUGGAAUAUUAAAAUGAUUUUUGCUAUUUAUGA